GUCCGUCAUUAAAGGCAUUCAAGUGUGUUGGUCAACCAUGACUAUCUCCUUUGUCCCUCCACCAUAAGGCCUAGUUUCCCCUUAUGACAUCACUAUUUCGGACACUCAGCGCCCCAUUUCUGGAAAGGUGUAUAGGAUAGCCUUUGAUACUAGGUGAAGUGACCUGCCCGGAGAAUCGAAGCGGCCAUCGUAUUGGAGUGACGAACAGUGCUCUUUACUCUGUUGGUGGUUUCAAUCCGAAUUAUUGGAAUGUUCCAAACGAUGAUUACACCAUCUACCCACUCUUCAGAGAGUUGUGGAAAUUCAACAUGAGCACUCGAGAAUGGAACCGGGAGGUGACGACAGGGGACAUGCCAGUGGAGUUGGCAUCUCAUGCGGCUCUACUGGUAGGGAAUCGAUUACUUGUUUAUGGUGGUACAGGAACACCGUUUGGAUAUGCGUCGAGCAACCGUCUGCACGUGUGUAACCUUAGUACACUAGAAUGGAGACAGGUGGCGUGUUGCGGGGAUGUACCAGACGAGCUUUAUGGACAUAGUCUUUCGCUGGCCGGUGAUGUUAUCUUCAUGUUCGGAGGGACGACGGGUUAUGAGUACAGUAAUGAUCUCCACUGCCUGAGUCUGGACACAUUCACCUGGCAGAAGUUUGAUGUCAAAGAACAGAAAGUGCCUGAAGGAAGAUAUCGGCAUGAAGCCAUCCAUGACAAACUGACUGAUCGACUCUACGUCAUGGGAGGCGGCCGCGCCAAUAUAUCCUAUGGCUUUGAAGAGCUCGAUGCAUUUGACAUCAACAGUCAAAAGUGGCUGAAAAUACAAUCGCAAUCUGCUGGCAGACAAGGUUACCCAGAAGCAAGACGAUGUCACAGUUGCGUCAAGUUCAAAGGCAACGCAUACAUCUGCGGCGGGUACAACGGAGAGAAAAUCUUCUCUGAUUUAUGGGCGCUGGACCUGGAGACGCUUUACUGGUGUAAAAUCACCGACAUGCCCAAACCUGUCUACUUCCAUGCCGCUGAUGUCUCACCGAGUGGGUGUUUGUACAUAUUUGGCGGAGUGAAUCAAAUUGACCUCGUACGAAAUGCGAAUGUUUACAAGAUUUGGCUGCAGCCUCCGUCACUUCAAGAAGCAUGCUGGAUUAACCUAUGCAACCUCAUCAAAGACAUUGAAAGACUGCCUCGUCCCAUGCUCAUACAGAUGGGUGUGCCGCUAGCAUUGCUGGAUCGACUUACGUGAUACUGGGCCCCAGAUGCAGGCUGUUACUACCAUUUUCUUACACUUGACAAGUUUGAUAAUUUGUUGGCACUCCUUCAUUGUCUUUUUGCAGUAGUCCUGGUAGAGAUGGUCCUGGUAGAGGUGGUCCUGGUAGAGGUGGUCCUGGUAGAGUUGGUCCUGGUAGAGGUGGUCUUGGAAGAGGUGGUCCUGUACUAGAGGCUCAGCAGACACCAUGUAUCUCAUUGCUAUUUCAUGUUUCCAAGCCUCUUCUCCUUCCAUUGUCUUCAUCGAACUCUUCUGUCUAGUUACUCGUGUUUUAAACUUUAUAAACUUCCUCAACAACAUCCGGGUCCAAAAGGUCCAAAUUCUGACCCCCCCCCCCCCCCAUAGCUAUCAUAAUCGUAAGCUUUUUUAACAUGUGAUAUCUCGGAACCAGAAGUAGGUACGAACUUUGUUUUGACAAUCUUCAUCUUUCCAGACCAAGGCGUCUGUAUCACAAAAGUUUCAAGUCAAUCAAGUUUAAGGUGCGACCUUGAGAGCUCCACAAACGUUGAUACUUUGAAUGGGUGCUGAUGGUACUAGUUCGUUUUCGGGUAUUUCUGGUUGUUUAAUGAUGGAUUUGUUUUGUGCUGUAUAAAUGUAAAUGUAAAUAAAUGUUGUAGAUUUUGUUUGUUGGUCAUUCCUAAA